AUGAAGCUUUCCCUCUCGCUCGCUACCGUCCUUACUCUCCUGCCGAUGCUCGUCACCGCGUCCAGCUCGCCCUUUAUCGAGCGUAGUAUUCAUGAUACUGCCUAUCUGCCGCGGGUAGCGCGCAGGUUUGGACGCAAUCCCGACAUAUUUGGGCGCCAAAAUAAUGCAGCGGAUCGUGCAGCUACCGCGCAACGCGCAGCGCAGCAAGCCGCCGCCCAAAGGGCCCAGCAGGAGCAGCAGGCCGCCAUUGACCGCCAGCGAGCUGCAAUCGCAUCGUCUGCUGCCGCUCAGCAAUCAGCGGCUGCUGAACGAAACCGCCAAGCCGACAUUGCCAAUGGAAACAACCGAAACGGUGGAAACGGAGGAAACCAGCAGAACAACAAUGGUCAGAACAACAAUAACAAUAACGGUGCUACACGAACAACCUCUGCGGCUGCAGCUGCAACCACCACGGCCAAUAACGGAGGCAAUAACAACGGGAACAACAAUAACAACAACGGAGGGAACAACAACAACGGAGGAAACAACAACAACGGAGGAAACAACAACAACGGAGGAAACAAUGGUGGAAACAAUGGUGGAAACAAUGGAGGAAACAACAACAAUGCCAUCACACUUGAUCCCUCCCUCGUCGCAUCCAACCUCGCAAAGACUGGACAAGAGACGCCAGCGGCCGGUCAAGUCGCAUCUCUUACGUCUACGAACAACUUUCUCAACUUUUGCGCUGGAAAGACGAUCACCAACGGCCAGCAGAUCACCACGGGCUCAUGCAACCCAAUUCCAAUCGGCGAUGUUGCGCCCAAAGCAAACAUGCCUUCGUGCAACCAACAGGGACUUCACGAUCCAGAUGAAGUUGAACAACCUCCAAGCGGGCGUGUUCACGAAUGCGCAAAGACGUACUAUAUGGCUCCGCAACAGCUGAAUGCUCAAGGUGAUAUCAUCGGACAUACCCACUUUGUCGUUCAAAAGAUGGGUGCGUUUGACGACCCGACCAUCCUCGACGCCGGAACGUUCCAGUUCUUCAAGGGUAUCAACACCGCUGCGGUCAAUGGCAUCGUGUCGACUACGGUCACCGGUGGUAUUCCCCCAGGCAACUACCGCCUUGCGAGCAUCAACACGGAUGCUAACCAUGCUCCGGCCAUCGUCGCUGUUGCUCAACACGGUUUCGUGGACGACAUGAUUUACUUUACUGCCGAGUAA